UUCUUAGCAAUUAUAAUUCAGAAUGGCGAGAGGCGCCCCCGCCGCUUCUUCGCCCACGACCGCGACGCCUCCCUCCGCGGCCCUGAAACGCUCCACCUCCAGCGCGCAGAACAUGAAGAACCAGAAAUCGAUCCUGGGGUUCUUCCAGAAAUCAUCCCCGUCGACUCCGUCCAGCGCUCGGAAAGCAGAGCCUGUGUCGUCGCCAGCAGAGAGGGCCUCGGAGCUGCGCGGAGGAAGUGUCAAAGGCGCGGUGAAACCGGAAAGGAAAAAGAGUGUUCCCAGGUUCAAGCAAGACCUGCCACCGGUGCCCAGUAGCGACCUGGUGGUGCCUGAAGAGGAGGACCAGGGCGAUAACACACAGGAGAGUCCGAAUGGGAAGUCCGAGAUGAAGACCGCAUCUCCGUCGCGUCGGGCCAAAAAGCAGGUCAGCUACGCCGAGUCCGAUUCCGAAGGCGAAGAUGACGACGAAGAGAUUUUCCGUCCGGGACGGAACGGCAGGAAUAAACGACGGAAGAUGUCUCCAGACAGUGAGGAGGAGUUCAAGGAUGGUGGCGGAGAAGAUGAAUUCUCCGAUUACGACAUGGACGAUUUUAUUGUCGCGGACGAGUCGGAGGACGAUGUGAAACCAACCAACAAGCGCAAGCGCCCACCACCCAAGCCGAAGAGCAAAUCGUCGUCUUUGCCGCCAGUGUCAACAGAGGAAGACUUGGACAUGGACAUCCCAGACGCGUCUGCGGGCGGUACAGCUCUGAAAUGGACAUAUGAUCCAGAAAACGCUGACGCCCGUCAACCGCGCACUGCGCCCGUUACCCCCAAGCGAUCAAGUAACACGAAGCAGAAGGCGCAUGUUACCGAACCAGAGGCGCGAUACGCGUGGCUUGCGAAUAUCCGGGACAUCGACGGACAUCCCAUCGGCCAUCCUGAUCAUGACCCUCGUACACUAUACAUCCCCCCCUUGGCUUGGUCUAAGUUCUCCCCCUUCGAGAAACAAUACUGGGAGAUCAAGCAGAAGUUUUGGGAUACCGUUGUUUUCUUCAAGAAGGGCAAGUUCUACGAACUCUACGAAAAUGAUGCCACGAUCGGUCACCAGCUCUUUGAUCUGAAACUGACCGAUCGUGUCAACAUGCGCAUGGUCGGUGUGCCCGAGAUGAGCUUGGAUCACUGGGCCAAUCAAUUCGUGGCAAAGGGGUACAAGAUCGCCCGGGUCGACCAAGCUGAAUCUGCUCUGGGGAAGGAAAUGCGCGAGCGAGAGGGCAAGAAGGGGAACGCUAAAGAAGACAAAGUCAUCAGGAGAGAACUGGCCUGCGUUCUUACUGCUGGCACUCUCGUCGAGGGCUCUAUGCUCCAGGAUGAUAUGUCUACCUUCUGCGUUGCCAUAAAGGAGGCUCUUAUCGAUGACCACCCUGCUUUCGGUCUUGCGUUUGUUGACACGGCAACGGGCCAAUUCUUUCUGUCAGAAUUUGUGGAUGAUGUUGAUAUGACCAAGUUUGAAACGUUCGUCGCGCAGACUCGGCCGCAGGAGCUUCUCUUGGAGAAGUCUGCAGUCUCCCAGAAGACUUUGCGCAUCUUGAAAAACAACACAGGCCCCACCACAAUCUGGAACUAUCUCAAGCCCAGGAAGGAAUUCUGGGAAGCUGACAUCACUGUCAAAGAACUUGACGCUAGUGAGUAUUUCGUCAGCGAGGAUGGGGACAACUUGCAAGCCUGGCCUGAAGUGCUCAGACAAGCUCGUGACCAAGAGUUGGUCAUGUCGGCAUUUGGAGCCUUGGUGCAGUAUCUCCGAGUUCUGAAGAUCGAGCGUGACUUGAUAACGAUUGGCAAUUUCUCUGCGUAUGAUCCUAUCAAGAAGGCCUCCAGCCUGGUGUUGGACGGUCAAACACUGAUCAACAUGGAAAUCUUCGCGAACUCUUUCGACGGUGGCUCCGAUGGCACGUUGUUCCAACUCUUAAACCGCUGCAUCACGCCUUUCGGCAAGCGAAUGUUCAAGCAAUGGGUCUGCCACCCGCUUGUGGAUGCGAAGAAGAUCAACGCUCGCUUGGAUGCUGUGGAUGCCCUCAACGCUGAUCCGAGUGUCAGGGAUCAGUUCUCCUCUCAGCUGAUCAAGAUGCCUGACCUGGAGCGUCUCAUCUCGCGGAUUCACGCUGCUAACUGCAAAGCACAGGACUUUUUGCGCGUGCUUGAAGGUUUCGAGCAGAUUGAAUACACGAUGAGCCUUCUCAAGGACAGUGGUUCAGGGGAAGGUGUUAUCGGACAGUUGAUCAACGCGAUGCCUGAUCUGAACGAACAGCUCGAAUACUGGAAGACCGCCUUCGAUCGCUCGAAAGCGAGAGACAACGGCAUCCUGGUGCCGAAGCCAGGCGUCGAAGAAGACUUCGAUAGCUCCCAAGAACACAUCGAACAGAUCCACCGAGACCUCGAGAGCCUCCUCAAGCGCGUGCGCCGCGAGCUUGGCUCAUCCGCCAUCAUCUACAAGGACAACGGCAAAGAAAUCUACCAGCUCGAGGUACCGAUCAAGGUUAAGAACAUCCCGAAGGACUGGGACCAAAUGUCCGCCACCAAACAAGUCAAGCGCUACUACUUCAAGGAGCUGCGGACUCUCAUCCGCCAGCUGCAGGAAGCGCAGGAAACGCACAGCCAGAUCGUCAAGGAAGUCGCCGGCCGAUUCUAUGCACGAUUUGACGAGAACUACGCCAUCUGGCUCGCCGCCGUCCGCAUUGUCUCGCAGCUCGACUGUCUGAUCAGUCUGGCCAAGGCCUCGUCCUCUCUGGGCCAACCCAGCUGCCGCCCCGAGUUCGUAGACAGUGAGCGAAGUGUGCUCGAAUUCGAGGAGCUACGCCAUCCAUGCCUCGUCUCCUCUGUCGGCGACUUCAUCCCUAACGACAUUCAACUCGGAGGCUCUCGCCCCAACAUCGACCUCCUCACAGGAGCCAACGCGGCCGGAAAGUCCACCGUCCUCCGAAUGACCUGCGUCGCCGUAAUCAUGGCCCAAAUCGGCUGCUACCUCCCGUGCCAAUCCGCCCGCCUCACCCCAGUGGACCGAAUCAUGUCGCGCCUCGGCGCAAACGACAACAUCUUCGCCGCGCAAUCGACCUUCUUCGUCGAACUCUCCGAAACCAAAAAGAUCCUGUCCGAAGCGACCCCCCGCUCCCUCGUCAUCCUCGACGAACUAGGCCGCGGCACCAGCUCGUACGACGGCGUGGCCGUCGCGCAAGCCGUCCUCCACCACGUAGCCACACACAUCGGCGCCCUCGGCUUCUUCGCCACGCACUACCACUCCCUGGCGGCGGAAUUCGAGCACCACCCCGAGAUCGCCCCGAAGCGGAUGCGCAUCCACGUCGACGACGCGGAGCGCCGCGUCACCUUCCUGUAUAAGCUCGAGCACGGCGUCGCCGAGGGCAGUUUCGGGAUGCAUUGUGCGGCGAUGUGCGGGAUCCCGGAUAAGGUGAUUGAAAGGGCGGAGGUCGCGGCCAAGCAGUGGGAGCAUACGAGUCGGUUGAAGGAGAGUCUGGAGCGCAGGAAGGGUGGCGGGGGGUUGGUGGGUAUGGGGUGGUGGAGUGAUGUUGCUUGGGCGUUGAAGGACGCGACCCCGGGCGAGGAUCAGGAGGUGAGCGAUCGGAGCUUGGAUGUUUUGAUGAAGGCCAUCGAGGCUUUGUGAGCGGUGUUUACCUAAGAGGUGUGGGGGUGGGGUGGCUUGCUGUUCUGCUGGGGUGGUUGUUCAUCGUGCUAGAUAGAUGUGGCUCUGUCUGCCUGUCUGCCUGUCUGCCUGCCUGCCAGCUUACUUGCUUAACUUGCUUGCUUCUCUGUCUGCAUGCUCUCUGUCAUCUUUCUGUAUCUGUGCGAUGGGAUCCUGUUCGGAGUUAAGAGUCGAGGGAUUUGUUGUUUGUUUGAAAAGUGAGACUUAUUGUCGGGCACUGGCAACUAGUAUCUAGAUCAAGUCAGAUUUCUACACUUUCCG